AUGGCGUCAAACGCGCAGUCUUCGGACUACGUUACCGUUGCCACUUUCGUCGUAAAAGAUGAAGGAUUGGAGUCAUUGCCAGAGGGAAGAGAAUCAUCGGAGAGCAUUGAAAAUGUUGUUACUAAUGACCAUGACCCGGGCACUGUUCAGGUCAGCUAUUUUGAUGCAGAAGAAGCUGCUGAGGUUAUUACAUCAGGGGACUAUGAUGAAGCCAAUCACGAGGCUGAAAUGCAAGAAGAGGAGGGUUCACAGAAGCCUUGGAGAAAAGGUGGAAGCACAACCCUGUGGAGUUUACCUGCAGUCAGGGCCCUCCUUGAUAUCUACGAGGAACACGAGCAAGAGUAUGUGAACAAGACUGUCCGACGGAGAGUCUUUUGGGAAAUUGUUGCAGAAAAGAUGAAAGAGCGAGGUUUUGACUAUGACUGGUGCAGCUGCAGAGUUCGGUUUAAAGGAAUGUGCAGAAAAGUGUUGUCUUUGGCCAUGCAUGGAAGGUCCAAGCUGACGCGGAGACUGUGGUGGGAGGAACGGGUGGAAAGAAUAAUGGAAACCCUAGACCAAGAGUUUGUCAGGAUGAGGCAGGCCCGCAGAAGAACAAUCAGUGAUGCAUCAGCUGCCAGCACUAGUUUUGGGGGCAGGAAUGGCGUUUCAGAUCCCUACGCAAGCCAGUCAAGUGAACGUAAACGAAGCAGUUGUUGGCGAUGACCGUGAUGCCUUUCAGCUUGAUUCAGGAAUGCAGAGUUCAACAGGAGAGCAUCAGAACAAAAAGCGUCGCCUGCUCCUCAAGUCCCAGGCUCCAAAAGAAGACUGUGCACCAGCCUGGUUCCAUGAGUAUGUGAACCGCAGAGAACGUCAGUGGGAGAGACG